CUCUUGUCUCUUUUUUUUCUUUCUUCUAAGAAAUGAUUAUGCUUUCCUCUUUCCAAGCUUGCACUUGAACUCUUUUAUAAAAGCCUCUCAUUCUAUGUAGUUCACACACACAUUCAUGCCCACUGUUACUACUUAACCACAUAUUUUGGUGCAUCUUUUCUUUUUCCCUCACACAAUUCAUCAUGGCUGAAAUUGAAUACCAUGCAAAAUCCAAUACUAACACUCAACCCCUAAAGCUCUUUGGCAUCAACAUUAGCAAGUCCCCAGAAGAUCAAACUCAUGAAGCAGGUUCGAAUUCUGAGCCUUUCAGUUCAAGAAAGUACGAGUGUCAGUACUGUUGCAGAGAAUUUGCAAACUCACAGGCACUAGGAGGGCAUCAAAACGCGCACAAGAAAGAAAGACAGCUCUUGAAACGUGCCCAAAUGCAAGCUGCUCGUGGUUUUGUUUCUUCACAGAUUCACAACACAAUCAUAUCAAGCUUCUCACCACAGUCUCAGCCACCUUUGUCGUGGUUAUGCACACCACAUGGUGGUGCAUAUCAUUCAGGAGCUGCCUUUGUGGCUUCUGGAAGACGAAUCUAUGUUGCAGCAGCUGGUGCCUCCAUCACUGAUGGCCAUGGUCACCGCCACCCUCUGCCGCAGUUCGGUGGCUUCAACGGGGGUGAAGGUAGUGGUGGUGGUCGUGAACGAGGGUUAGGUUUGGAUUUGCAUCUUAGCCUGUGAGUUUUGUGAAUCAGUUUUUUCAUUCAAUUUAGCACCAAAUGUGUAGCAGCUUUUCUAUUUUUUUUUCUUUUUUCUUUUUAUCACCAUGUUGUUGGUGUGUCUCUGCUAUAAAGAUUGAACCUGACAAGUCACUUUAGUGAAUCUCUUCUCGGUCAUAUUUUUUUUCUUCAGGUACUCAAACAUAAAAUCUUCCUUAAAAGUAUCGACUUGUUAAUAGCAACCUUUGUACUCUGAAUUGUAUGUGAAUGUAAAUUUUAUUUAAUAAGUA